AUGUGGCGCGGUUUCGGCAAUGAAACCGAAUCGGAUGCCACUCCCAGCCAACGGAGCUAUUUUCGGCCCCGAAUAUCGUCCAUAUCGGGUGUACUGGCCAUGACCAAACAGCGAUUGUUUACGUCGACAAUGCCGGCCAUGAAGGACAACGACAUGGAGUCGACCGGCGGCGGCAUUAGCGGCGGUGUCGGCCAUACUUCCCAUUAUAAUCUGGCCAUUAAUCCGUCGGCCGGUAUCGAUAUGGGCAACGGUAUGAUUAUGAGUGGCGGCGGCGCCAGAUAUCCGUCGGCCGGCCGGUCAUCCUAUGGCGAUGUUUUUGCCUAUUCGGGUACAGCAUCGGGUCGACCGUCAGUCGAUUCGCAAACUGGUCAUCAUAUCUAUGGUAUUCAUUCGUCGGGUGACCCGCUGGCCAUUCAUGACCAAUCUGAUACCGACGGUGGUGCCGACAAUGAUGGCGGCAAAUGUACGGAUAAAUCGGCAAAAAUAUUAAGGGGUAUAACCUUAAUGCUAUUGAUAUCAUCACUAUGGGUGGGAACACUAUAUCUAUUGAAAUUAAGUUUUGAAAAUGAAAAAACAUCAAUUUAG